AUGGCGGACUUGCUCAAUCUGCUUUACCUUUUAUUGGUCCCACGGGUAAAUCUGGACUGGAAUGCAUGUUUUCAAACGCUUAAAGGGCAUAGCAAUUGGGUUAAUUUAAUAGCCUUUUCGCGCGACGGCUGGCAGCUCGCGUCGGCGUCGUACGAUAAAACCGUUAAGCUUUGGAACGCGGCAACGGGCGCAUGCGCCGCAACGUUCGAAGGGCAUAGCGAUUCGGUUAGGUCCAUGGCCUUUUCGCGCGACGGCCGGCAGCUCGUGUCGGUGUUGGCCGACACUACCGUUAAACUCUGGGACGCGGCGACGGGCGCAUGCGCCGCGACGCUCGAAGGGCAUAGCGAUUGGGUUAGGUCCGUAACCUUCUCGUGCAACGGCCAGCAGCUCGCGUCGGUAUCGUACGAUGGAACCGUCAAGCUCUGGGGCGCAGCAACGGGCGCGUGCGUCCAAACCGUCAAUAUUGGAGAAAACGUCAUUUUUCCUUAG